AUGGGUGUGAGGAGAUUAGAGUCGGCAGAACCUAGGCGGCGGGAGGGACAGUGCUGUUGUAGAAGCCCUGUGUUUCUUCUGGGGUUGCUAGUGAAUGUCACAGCCAUGCGAGCUUUCAUGUGACAGACGACCUGGACAGACACUCACAUCUAUAUUUUCAACCUGGUUUUAGCGGAUUCUGCCCUGAUCUUGGGCAUUCCUUUUAGGAUUUACCAAUCUUUCUUCUGCUUGGAGAAGACAUUGUGUACCUUUCUUAUUUAUACCCAUUACAUCAAAAUGUUAUGCUCAGUUUUGUCAGUAACGCCCAUCAGUGUUAUCCGCUACAUCGCUGUAAGGUUCCCAUUGCAGGUGAGGUCAUGGAGGAGGAAGAAAAAGAUGGGGUUGGCUGUUUGUUUACUCAUUUGGGGCUAUCUAGUGAUAAUGGCCACUGUAUUCUAAAAGGAGAAUUAUCCUCUAUGGACGUGCUUUGAACGAUGUAAAGAUUACCCCUGUCAUAUCAACUUUGUCACCAUGCUGGUAUUUUCUGGCUUCUUCGCUCUCUUAAAGACUCUCCUAUUUUGCUCAAGUCAGAUUAUUAUGUUAAAGGGAGCUGGCGAGUCACCGUCACUGCAAAGAAGCACCGUUGGCAUAGUAACACCAAACAUGGUCGUGUUCAUUGGCAGCUACAUGCCAAUCUCUGUUAGCUUUCUUGUGACUAUUUUCUAUCCUACAUCUGCAAACUGCAAGUCAGUUUACCUCACUGCUCAUGCGUUUAUACGUGUCGCUGAGUGAAUUUCAUCAACAAACUGCUUCUUACAUUCAAUUAGCUAUUACUUCCUGUUGAAAAAGUAG